AUGCGGGCUUCUUUGAUUUGUUUCCUAUUAUUUAUUAUUUAUGGAUUGACUAAUGGUUCAAUCUUAGCUGAUGAUGUUAAAAGAUCUAAAAGGCAAUCACCAUUAUCACGUGCCUGGGAAGAAGCAUUACCAGGUGUUCAACCAUUUUGGGAAAAAUAUAGUAAUGGACCAUAUGGAAUUGUUAUACGUGGAUGGCAAUUUAGUAGAUGUGCUUCAGAACAAUGGACAAAUUAUGUUGUUAAUGUUAGUAAUAUUGUUAUAUGGCCAGAUUAUCCCAGAUUUCCUGGUCCAAUAUUUUUUAAUGUUACAAUGGAUGUUAAUGAAGAUCUUCCAGUUGGAAAAAUUGAAAUGGAUUUAGAAGUUAGACAUGCUGUAACUAAUAAACAAGGAAGUAAAGGAUGGCAAGUAAUACCAUGUCAAGGAUGGAAUAUUAUUGAUGGUUGUGAUGGUGUUGGUUCAUGUAGAUAUUGUGAUAUUCUUGAUAAAUGCCAAGAAACAGUUAACUCAGCAUAUAAAUAUGUUCAUGAUAAAAAAGCAACAGAUUUUCUUAAAAAUAAUAAAUUAUGCCCACCACCAAAAGGUCAUUGGACAAUGACUUUUUCAAAAGUCUUUUCUGUAGAUGAUCUCCCAAAAUCAUUCUUUGGUCCUCUUCAAUCUAAUGAAUAUUGGUUAACAUUUUCUUUUACUGAUGGUAAAGAUAAAAAACUUGGAUGUGCACGUUUAUGGGUUGAUGUAUGUAAAUAUCAUCUUCAAGAUAAACAACAAAAAUGCCUUCGUGAUCCAAAUGCUUUUAAAAACUUUAUUAAUGAAAUUAGUUCACAAGCUGAACAAUUAAGAAGAAGAGGUGGAAAAUAA